AUGGCAUCAAAGGAGGAAACUAAAGAUCAGGAGGUUUACGCUUUUAAUGCCGAUAUCUCCCAACUUCUCAGCUUGAUCAUCAACGCGUUCUACAGCAACAAGGAAAUAUUCCUUCGUGAGCUGAUCAGCAACGCAAGCGACGCUCUGGAGAAGAUCAGGUACGAGGCAAUCAAGGAUCCGAAAAAGAUUGAGGAUCAGCCAGACUACUAUAUCAGACUGUACGCCGACAAGAAUGCAAACACACUCACAAUCGAGGACUCGGGAAUUGGGAUGACCAAGGCAGACCUCGUAAACAACUUGGGAACCAUAGCCAAGUCAGGAACAAGAGCAUUCAUGGAGGCACUGCAGGCAGGCUCAGACAUGUCGAUGAUCGGCCAGUUCGGUGUGGGAUUCUACUCAGCGUACCUGGUGGCAGAUAAGGUGACGGUUGUCUCCAAAAACAACGACGACGACCAGUACGUGUGGGAGUCUAGUGCGUCAGGACACUUCACAGUGAAGAAGGACGACUCGCACGAGCCCCUGAAGAGAGGAACGAGACUGAUCCUGCACCUGAAGGAGGACCAGACGGAGUACCUGGAGGAGAGGAGACUGAAGGACCUGGUGAAGAAGCACAGCGAGUUCAUCUCCUUCCCAAUCUCACUCUCAGUGGAGAAGACGGAGGAGACUGAGGUGACGAACGUGAAGAGGGAGUGGGAGAUGCUGAACAAGCAGAAGCCGAUCUGGAUGAGGCAGCCGUCUGAGGUCACGAACGAGGAGUACGCAUCCUUCUACAAAAACCUCACGAACGACUGGGAGGAUCACCUGGCAGUGAAGCACUUCAGCGUCGAGGGGCAGCUGGAGUUCAAGGCGCUGCUGUUCGUGCCGAAGAGAGCGCCCUUUGACAUGUUCGAGUCGAGGAAGAAGAAGAACAACGUUAAGCUCUACGUGAGGCGCGUCUUCAUCAUGGACGACUGCGAGGAGCUGAUCCCGGAGUGGCUCUCUUUCGUCAAGGGCGUGGUGGACUCGGAGGACCUGCCGCUCAACAUCUCGAGAGAGACGCUGCAGCAGAACAAGAUCCUGAAGGUGAUCAGGAAGAACCUCGUGAAGAAGUGCCUCGAGCUGUUCAACGAGUUGACAGAGAAGAAGGAGGACUUCAAGAAGUUCUACGAACAGUUCAGCAAGAACCUGAAGCUGGGCAUUCACGAGGACAACGCGAACAGGACGAAGAUCUCGGAACUGCUGAGGUUUGAGACCACGAAGAGCGGAGACGAGAUGGUCUCGCUGAAGGAGUAUGUGGACAGGAUGAAGACGGAUCAGAAGUUCAUCUACUACAUCACGGGAGAGUCGAAGCAGGCAGUGUCGACGAGUCCAUUCCUGGAGUCGCUCAAGGCACGCGACUACGAAGUCAUAUACAUGACUGACCCAAUAGACGAGUACGCAGUGCAGCAGAUUAAGGAGUUCGAAGGAAAGAAACUCAAGUGCUGCACGAAGGAGGGUCUGGACCUCGACGGCGACGAGGAGGAAAAGAAGAGCUUCGAGGCACUGAAGACGGAAAUGGAGCCUCUCUGCAAGCACAUCAAGGAGGUGCUGCACGACAAGGUGGAGAAGGUGGUGUGCGGAUCGAGGUUUACAGACUCGCCCUGCGCACUCGUGACCUCAGAGUUCGGAUGGUCGGCGAACAUGGAGCGCAUAAUGAAGGCACAGGCACUGAGAGACUCCUCAAUAACAAGUUAUAUGCUGAGUAAGAAGAUCAUGGAGAUCAACCCGAGGCACAGCAUAAUGAAGGAGCUCAAAAACAGAGCAGCCACAGAUAAAACGGACAAGACGGUGAAGGACCUGGUCUGGCUGCUGUACGAUACGGCACUCCUGACCUCAGGAUUCAACUUGGACGAACCCACACAGUUCGGUAACAGAAUUUACAGGAUGAUCAAGCUGGGACUGUCGCUGGACGACGAGGAGCAGCACGAGGAGGCAAUGCCGCCGCUCGACGAGCCUGUGCUGGAUUCUAAGAUGGAAGAGGUCGACUAA